UUGGCUGUCAAUCGGGUGACAUCACAAUGCCCGGGGGUGCCGGGUUCGGUUGAGUGGUCGCGACUGCUUGGUUGUUUCGCUGAGUCUCAGCUGCCGGCUCUCCUGCUUCUGCUGCUGCUCCCACCGCAAAAGUGAGCGUUCACCCAGAGGCUGAGCGGCUGCUGCGAUGCGCUGGAAACUCCGCUGUCUUUUCCUGGCAGUAGCAUGGCUCUUCGUGGCCGCCUUCCCAACGCGCAGCGCUGCUUGCCCGAGCCGGUGCCUUUGUUUCCGCACCACGGUGAGGUGCAUGCAUCUCACGCUGGAGCACAUACCUGCUGUCUCCCCGCAAACGACUAUCUUGGAUUUGCGAUUCAAUAAAAUCAAAGAUAUCCCAUCUGGAGCUUUCAGACGUUUGAAGCACCUCAAUACACUACUGUUAAACAACAACCAAAUUAGGAGAAUACCCAGGGGUGCAUUUGAAGAUCUGGAGAACUUAAAAUAUCUCUAUUUGUACAAGAAUGAAAUCCAAUCACUUGACAGGCAAGCAUUUAAGGGACUUGUCUCUCUAGAACAACUGUAUCUCCACUUCAAUCAAAUUGAAUCUUUAGAACCUGAGUCCUUCAGUGAUCUUCCAAAGCUUGAAAGGCUAUUUUUGCACAACAAUAGAUUGUCGCAGAUUUUACCAAGAACAUUCAGUCAGUUAGAAUCAUUGAAAAGACUGAGAUUGGACUCAAAUAGCCUGAAUUGUAACUGCGAUCUAAUGUGGUUGGCGGAGAUGUUGCAGCAAUAUGUGGAAUCUGGUAACACACAAGCAGCAGCGACCUGUGAGUAUCCCAAAAGGCUACAGGGAAGGUCCGUUGCCACAGUUACUCCAGAAGAAUUUAACUGUGAAAAGCCACGAAUAACGACACAGCCACAGGAUGCAGAUGUGACAUCUGGGAACACUGUGUACUUUACCUGCAGAGCUGAGGGUAAUCCAAAACCUGAAAUAAUAUGGCUGCGGAACAAUAAUGCUUUAGAUAUGAAAUACAACCCACGCUUAAACCUACUGGAUGAUGGCACUUUAAUGAUCCAGAAUACUCAGGAGGAUGACCAAGGAGUUUAUCAAUGCAUGGCCAAAAAUGUAGCAGGAGAAGUGAAAACUCCUGAAGUUAUUCUUCGGUACUUUGAGAUACCAGCUCGACCUGCCUUUGUAAUUCAACCACAAAAUACUGAAGUGUUGGUCGGUGAGAGUGUCACGUUGGAAUGCAGUGCAACUGGAAACCCACAGCCACGGAUCACCUGGAUGAGAAGUGAUGGGUCAUCCUUACCCCAUGAUCCUCGUUAUACCAUAACUUCCUCAGGAGGACUCUAUAUACAGAAUGUAGUCCAAGCAGACGGUGGGCAAUAUACAUGUCAUGCAAACAACAACCAGGACUCCAUUCAAGCAAAUGCAUUCAUUAUAAUUAAAGCUCCACCUCAGUUUACGAUCUUGCCACAAGAUCAAACCAUUAUUGAGGGACAUACCGUGGAUUUUCAUUGUGAGGCUGAGGGUAAUCCAGCUCCAACGCUAACAUGGACUAAAGGAGGCAGUCCGCUUCCUGGGGACAGGCGACAUAUAAUCCUGUCCACGGGGACACUAAGGAUUUCCAACGUUGCGCUUCAUGACGAAGGGCAGUACGAAUGUCAAGCUGAUAACAUUGUCGGUGCUCUCCGUGUUCCAGUCCAGCUGACUGUACAGCGCAGAGUAUCACUGGUCAUUACAAACACCCCAGCUGAUCUGACUGUUGCUGCUGGAUCAGACGUGCAGAUACCCUGUGGUUCUCAAGGGGAACCUGAGCCAACUGUAACAUGGAGUAAGGACGGAAUUCAGAUUACAGAGAGUGGAAAGUUCCACAUUAGCCCUGAAGGAUUCCUUUCAAUUCAUGAUGUUGGACCUGCAGAUCAGGGACGAUAUCAGUGUGUUGCCAGGAACAGCAUUGAUCAUUCUGCAGCUAGUAUGGUGCUGACUGUGGUUGUCCCAGAUAUUGUUCGAAGUGGAGACACUUUUGUCGAGUCCUCAAUCAAAGAAGCCAUUCAAAGUGUUGACAGUGCCAUCAAUUCCACUCGUAGAGAUUUAUUUGAAAGAAGGCCUCAAACCCCAAAUGAACUGCUUGCCUUGUUUCGAUAUCCACGACUUCCAAUUGUUUUUGAUCUUGCAAGAGCAGGGGAAAUUUUUGAACGAACUCUGCAGCUCAUUCAGGAACAUGUCAACAAUGGACUGAUGGUUGAUCUGAACGGAACAGGUCACUUAUAUGGUACACCAUUGAACAUAGAUCUGUUUCCUGCAUUACUGGUGGAGGACUUGAUACCUGGAACGAGAUUAGGACCAACACUUUUGUGCUUGUUGGUUACACAAUUUAAACGUCUGAGAGAUGGCGAUAGGUUCUGGUAUGAGAGUCCUUGGGUGUUCACUCCAGCCCAGCUGACUCAAAUCAAGCAGACUUCUUUUGCCCGUGUCCUUUGUGACAAUGGAGAUAACAUCACCAGGAUACAGCCUGAUGUGUUCAGAGUGGCAGAAUACCCUCAUGGUUAUCAGAGCUGUGAUGAUAUACCAAAAAUGGAUUUAAGGAUGUGGCAAGAUUGUUGUGAAGACUGCAGAACCAGAGGGCAAUUCAAUGCGCUGUCACACCACUUCCGUGGCAGACGUUCACCUGAAUACAGCUUCCGGGAUGAGUCACCUUUCAGGAAAUUGAAAAACCUGACGCAUUCCAGUUCUUUGACGAGUGUACUUCACAACGAAAAUGCAACUGUGACAUUACAAUCUGCCUCUGCAAAGGAUGAGGCUAGCUUGGAUGAUUUCCAGGACUUUGUGUCUGAAAUACAGAAAACUAUCAUUGGUCUUCAGAAUCAGAUUAAAAAACUUGAAGGGCAACUCCAUAAAUCUGGAUGCAUUGAUGGACAGGCAAGAGAACGUUCUGACAAAGAAGAGUGGAAGGAGGACUCAUGCACCACCUGCAAAUGCAAGGCAGGACAGCUUACUUGUUUUGUUGAAACAUGUCCACCAGUCAGAUGUACUGAUCCUGUGAAGAUGGAGGGAGCUUGCUGCUCAGUCUGUGCAGAACAAACCAGCAAGCAAAAUGAACGGUCCUAAAGCCUCACUGCAGGACUGGAGGAGAUGGACUGGCCUGGUAGUUAUACAGUGAAUUGUGAUGUCUGGACGUCAGUGUGCUUUCAAAAAACUACCCACGAGUAUUCAGUCAGAAUUGCAAAGAAAGCAUCAAUUUGAAGAAAUCCCAAGAAAUAUUCAAAGAAACUGCUCAAAUGCAUGCUUCACUGAUUUUAAAUCAACAACAUUUUAUAUGCACGUACCAUGUGUGUACUAGCAAUGAAAACCACAAUGCAAAAGCAUUGAAAGGGAAGUAGUGUGUUGUAUGACAGGGUGAUUUCAGUUUGUCUGUCAAUGUUUUUCCUGGUGAGAAGCUUCUCAGGUUAGAAAUGCCAAAAUGAAAAUUGGUGCUACAUGUAAUUUCUUGUAUAAAACGCUAUAGUGAAUAAGGAGGAGAUAACGUACCGUAACGUUUCCAAACUACUUUAUUUGUUUAAAGGCAAAAACUAUCUCAAGAACUUCUCUAGCUCAUCGUAUAUAUGUUUUAUGUGCAGGUUUUUGUUUUGAAUGGGUGUGAGACAAUGUUUUGGAGGAGAGAAAGAAACAUUAAAGCAGUGGUUUUACAUAUUUCAUUAUGUUCUCGAGCCCCAGGUAUUUUGCGUGCUUAAAGUCUAAAGGCCCAGAUCUUCUGGUAUCCAAACAGUUAGCGAUCGGACGUACCCUGAAAUCUAUAGACUGAUAUUAUGACCACCCCCGACGCCUGCCGCAUUUGGCCCUGACCAUUCGACUCACCUCACCCUUCCAAAUCACCCUCAACUCAUCCUCUGACUGCCUCGCUGACCCUGAAACUACACCCCACCCCCACCCCGACCAUCCCGCUUCCCACUCCCCAACACUCUGACUGUGUGGGUAAUCGUUUGUCUGGUCAGUGUCAGAUAAAGGGGUUCUAACACUGGCUGGAAGAAUUUGGGCCAAAGUAAUUUCACUCUCCCAGGUGUUGAGACAUGUAUGUAGGCUCAUCCUUUAGUUACUAAUGUGAAGUUGUUACUCAUACUUGUUUGGACGUUUGAUAAAUAGAUGCCUACUAAUUUUGCAGAUUGGUGUACAUACUACAUUGAAAAAUUGCCCAUGCUGUUUCACUAACUGGCGCUAUAUAUCAGCGUUUUUAUACAAUGAGUGCAAAUCAUUUGUCAAUCUAUCAGAGCAUUUAAAAGAUAUCUGAUUUUUUUGAUUAUCUUUGUGGCCUGGCUACUGAAUUUUCAACUCGAACCAUUACACCUUAUUGGAUUUAUGGCAUUUUGCACUUCUGAAUUUUUUUUCUUGAAUUACUGUUUUUAUAUACUAGCGGACGUUUUUACAUUGUAGUAAUUUGUUAUUUUAAACAAACAUAAGAAAUGGUGGGGGUGGGGAGGGAGGGAGAUCCGCAAGAGGGGUUUCUUGCUCCCUAAUUAUCCAUUGAAACGCUAUACUAACCAGUGAAACAGUAUUAAACGUCAUUUAACAUUUCUAACCAUUGGUUCUUUAAUGUUGGGAAGAUUUUUUUAUUUAUUUACUCAGAUGUUAAUUGGUCACUUUUAACCAUCAAUGAAGGACAUCGAAUAGCUUUUUUUAUCGAAAAAUCAUACCUCAACCUUUCAUUUAUGGUGCUAUUUGAUUUUAAGGCUACAUUCCCAUGUUACUUCUUAAAAAAAAAACAUUUUUUACAUGCUGACCUCUUUACAAAUCCAUGUUUUUUAACUUCCACAAAAGAUUUGGGGUAAAAAAUAUCAGUGCAUCACAACAGGAACAAGACCCCUCAUGUUUUUUAAAUUUAUUUUUAAGUACAUUCUUGCAAAAAUGAUGAGAUGCCAACUAUUUACAAAAGGAGUUGGACUUUGAAAUAUUCAACCUAAUAAUACUGACCGUCUUAUUUUCAGGGGUUCUAGGAUAUAAAGGAGCCAGUUUGUUUAUUGAAAUUUAUUUAAGUAUCUGCUCUGCUUAUUUUUUACAUAACGUCAUCUAGGUUUCAUUCUUUGUUUGCAUGUCCUUUUUAUUUUUGUCUUGAGCAUGCGAGCAGCAGGCAAAGGUACAUUGAACCACAGGGCCUCCGUCUGUGUUGAGUGAUUCUCUGCAGGUUCUGACACCAGUGAGUGGGUUGUUCUGCCAGAACAAUAUGAGGCAAUUCCACUGCUUUGCUUCGCAUUUUUUCUCUCUCCUAACAGCAGUGCUGGUGUAGUUUUUCAUACUGACCGUUGUCGUCUUUGGAUUUGUACACAUUGUUCUGAGACCAAGUGUCUUAAUAGCCAUAUUGCUUUAAUAAGACAGAAGAGGAACAUAGCGUAAAACAAUAAAUUUACCAAAGAAAUGUUUGCACUGUGUAAUGCAUUUGUAUGAACCAAAUUAAACGGACCACAUUAUCUGAAA